AACCUCUGUGGAGCUGGGGCAUGAGCCGGCAGGGCCACCCAUCCAGACAUCUCGCAGCACAGAAGAGCUUUCCAGAGGGAGCCUCACCCAGCCUCUGCACCGAGGGCUUCUGUGCACGUUGCCACAGCUGCAGGCCCAAGAUGCCGGCUGUGCAGCUGCUGCUUCUGGCCUGUGUGCUGUGGGAGGCGGGGGCCAGGACAGCCCAGCUCCUGAAGGCCAAUGACCGGAGUGGCCAAUGCCAGUACACCUUCAGUGUGGCCAGCCCCAAUGAGUCCAGCUGCCCCGAGCAGGGCCAGGCCAUGUCAGCCAUCCAGGACCUGCAGAGAGACAGCAGCGCCCAGCGCGCAGACCUGGAGUCCAUCAAAGGCCGGCUCAGCUCCCUGGAGGGCCUCCUCCACCGGCUGACCCUGGACCAGGCUGCCGGGCCCGUGGAGGCCCAAGAGGGGCUGCAGAGGGAGCUGGGCACCCUGAGGAGGGAGCGAGACCAGCUGGAAACCCAAACCAGGGAGCUGCAGACAGCCUACAGCAACCUCCUCCGCGACAAGACAGCCCUGGAGGAAGAGAAGAGGCGUCUGGGGGCCGAGAAGGAGGAUCUGGCCAGGAGGUUGGAAAGCAGCAGCCAGGAGGUGGCACGGCUGAGGAGGGACCAGUGUCCCCAGGCCCACAGCUCCUCUCAGGACGGGCCACCAGGCUCCAGGGAAGUUUCUAAAUGGAAUUUGGAGAACCUGGACUUCCAGGAACUAAAGUCAGAGUUAACUGAGGUUUCUGCUUCCGGAAUCUUGAAGGAGAGUCCAUCAGGCCAACCCAGGAGUGAAGAGGGAGACACUGGAUGCGGAGACCUCGUGUGGGUGGGAGAGCCCCUCACUCUGAGAACAGCGGAAGCGAUCGCUGGCAAGUACGGCGUGUGGAUGCGAGACCCCCGGCCCGCGCACCCCGCUACCCGGGAGACCACGUGGAGAAUCGACACCGUGGGCACCGACGUCCGCCGGGUGUUUGAGUACGAGCUCGGCAGCCAGUUCCUGCAGGGCUACCCUUCCAAGGUCCACGUGCUGCCCAGGCCGCUGGAGAGCACGGGCGCCGUGGUGUACGCGGGGAGCCUCUACUUCCAGGGGGCCGAGUCCAGAACGGUGGUCAGGUAUGAGCUGAACACCGAGACAGUGAGGGCCGAGAGGGAGCUGCCCGGAGCCGGCUACCACGGGCGCUUCCCGUAUUCGUGGGGCGGCUACACGGACAUUGACCUGGCUGUGGAUGAGACGGGCCUCUGGGUCAUCUACAGCACCGAGGAGGCCAAAGGCGCCAUUGUCCUCUCCAAACUGAACCCGGAGAGUCUGGAACUUGAACAAACCUGGGAGACUAACAUCCGUAAGCAGUCAGUCGCCAACGCCUUCAUCAUCUGCGGUACCUUGUACACCGUCAGCAGCUACUCAUCGCCUGAUGCUGCCGUCAACUUUGCGUACGACACAAGCACCGGUAGCAGCAGGGCCCUGACCAUCCCCUUCAAGAACCGCUACCAGUACAGCAGCAUGAUUGACUACAACCCCCUGGAGAAGAAGCUCUUUGCCUGGGACAACUUCAACAUGGUCACCUACGACAUCAAGCUCUCCAAGAUGUGAAGAGCCGCCAGGUCAUGUCAGAAACGGCAGGAGGAAAUGAUGUUCAGGGCCCCCGAGGGGAGAGCCAGCCAGCCAAAGCCCGUGUGGCCUUUCUCUGCUUUCCAAGCUGUCAUUAAUUCAGAAGAAUGUGCAUUGUCACCAUGUCUGACUGGCCAGGAAUAGCAAUCUUGGCGUUUAGACAGUUUCACAAUAGAUAUUUUCUUCUGUCAGCAUUUAAAGAGAUGUUUAACCAAAAUAGUUUAAGUCUUCUGGUGAUUUGGGGCAAAAGCUGUAAUGCAUAGUAGUUUCCUCAUGAAAACCACAAGGCUUUUUAUCAAUGGCCCUCACUGGCUAAAGAGGAUAAGUUUGGAGGAGAAGAAUUUGGGAAAAACAUGUGGCCCCAUGUAGAAUCCAGGGCCACUCCCUGCUCUUGCAUGUUGCAUGGUUACCAUAAGCCACAACAGAACCAGCACUUCUAAAGGAAGGGGACCAGCUCUUGUGGCAGUACUGAACAUGUGUAAGAUGCGUUUACUAUGGUUGGCUUCUAAUGCUUCAGGGAGAGUCCAGUCGGGUAUUACAUAAGCUUUGUCCUGUGAAAUAAAAUUAUCUUACACAGCA